AUCCGACCAAUUUAUAAAACCCUCUUCAGAACGUCAUCUCUCUCUCACCGACUAAAACUCUAAACCAUGCCGCAGGGAGAUUACAUUGAGCUGCACAAGAAGAGGCAUGGACGCCGCCUCGACUACGAAGAGCGCAAGCGCAAGAAGGAGGCGCGUCAAGUUCACAAGCGCUCCAAACAGGCUCAGAAUUCGAUAGGUAUAAAGGGUAAGAUGAUUGCGAAGAAAAACUAUGCUGAGAAAGCUCAAAUGAAGAAGACAUUGAAAAUGCACGAGGAGAGUUCAUCAAGGCGUAAAGCUGAUGAGGAUGUUCAGGAAGGAGCUGUUCCUGCUUAUCUUCUUGAUCGUGAGAACACCACUCGCGCCAAGGUUCUUAGCAACACUAUCAAGCAAAAGAGGAAAGAAAAAGCUGGGAAAUGGGAGGUGCCUCUGCCAAAGGUCCGUCCUGUGGCUGAAGAUGAAAUGUUCAGGGUGAUCCGAUCUGGGAAGAGGAAGACAAAGCAGUGGAAGAGGAUGGUUACGAAAGCUACAUUUGUGGGACCUGGUUUCACAAGGAAGCCACCAAAGUACGAGCGUUUCAUCCGCCCUUCUGGACUUCGUUUCACCAAGGCUCACGUCACUCACCCUGAAUUGAGGUGCACGUUCUGUCUUGAGAUUAUUGGAAUCAAGAAGAAUCCCAACGGUCCUAUGUAUACGUCACUUGGUGUCAUGACUAGAGGAACAAUCAUUGAGGUCAAUGUGAGUGAGCUUGGUCUUGUUACACCAGCUGGAAAAGUUGUCUGGGGGAAAUACGCUCAAGUGACGAACAAUCCAGAGAAUGAUGGAUGUAUUAACGCGGUUUUGCUAGUUUAAUCAAAAAAAACUCCAGCAAUGUUAGAGAGAUGUGGACAGAGUCGAGAAGAAGGCAGGAAUCAUGGUGGUUACUUUCUCUUUUGUUCUAUUUUGACGACAGUUUUUAUGUUAUCCCAAGCUUUUCAUGGAUCGUUGUGAUUUUGUCUUCUCAUCCCUAUUAACCAGCUCUUACAGCUUUCCAAGGAUCCACAAUGUUAGAUCAGUUACGUUCUUGUAAUGCAAGAAAACAUAUGAGUAUACAAGAAGAAGUUUACUUAAUAGAAA